UGCGUAGAGGCUCGUCAUGAAGCGACCGAAGCCGCAACUUCUCUUGGCAAUGGUCGGCUGUCUAGUGGCUCUAGUCGCGCCUUCGAAAUCCAUCAGCGAGCCGCAAGUCCAGAGUAAAUAUGCUGCGAUGGACCCGAGCACGGCUGCGACCACGACCACGACCACGACCACGACCACGAGCGCGACGACGACCACGACCAUGACGAGUGAUCCGCUAAUUAAUUCGUUGGAAAACAUCGUCAAGAGGGUGAAAUCGAUGAAGGAAAAAUUGGAGAAGACUUUAAACGACACGGCGAGCGCGGACGUGCUCGACAAAUCGUAUCACGAUUUCCUCGUAGCGAGAGGCUACAGUUUCGCCCCGGGAGUUGGCUAUCAUAAGCUCUAUCUCACCGAGUUGAGCUGGACGGAGGCACUGCACCGCUGUCGCCAGGAGAAGGCUCAUCUCGCUGUCGUCGAUUCGCUCGCCGAAAGAAAGGCUUUGGGAGACUUGAUGAGGAGGAAAAUGGCAACGCUACAAUCUGUCGACAACUUGAAAGCGUACGUCGGCAUUCACGAUUACUGCAAGAAUGGAUCUUGGAUAACCAUAUUUUUCGGUGUGUUGGCUGACGCCGAGCACAUUCAGUGGAGAAAAGGUGCAUCGGAUAAGGCUGGAUAUACGAGACACGCCGAGGGAUCCGGUCCGAACUGUGCCAUUAUCGACGAUCAAGAGUACCUGUCCUACGUGAAGUGCACCGAAAAGCAAUCGUUCAUAUGCGAAAUGGAGUCGGCGUGAAUCGGCGAGGCGCCGACAAGAGCACCACUGCAUUAUUAACAAUAUUCUUCUAUAUACUCGUGAACGCUAUUACUUUUAUCCUGACUUUUCUGAGCGCGCAUGCAAGUAUUAGAUAACCUUUGGUCGACUCCAAGAUAACACGCGACUCGUUGAUGAAAACUUAUCGACGCGACUAUCGCACAAUUCCAAGCGAUGUGAUACGCAUAA